AUGACAGAGACGCAACAGAAAGCAAAAUGCAUCACGUUGAAAGGCUCGGCAGAGUUGGUCAAGGAAUAUCUUCUUUACGGCGUGAACAGUAUUUUGUACCAGAGAGGAAUUUAUCCACCAGAAACGUUCGAGCCUGCCGAACAUUUUGGCUUGUUCGUGUUAAUGUCGACGGACCAGAAGAUCAAGGGAUUUUUAGAUACCGUUCUUGGUCAGAUUCGAGAAUGGCUCACUCAACGGAAAGUACAAAAAAUCACCCUCGUUAUAACGAACGUGAAUACCAAAGAAGUUUUAGAAAAAUGGGAUUUCAAAGUUGAUUACGAGGGUCAAACGUCUAAUGGCACCAAUGAUAGCACAAGUAACGGCCUUCCUGAAGUGGGUAUGAAAGAUGUGAAGAUUAUACAAAAGGAAAUCCGUGAGGUCAUACGUCAGAUCACAGGUACUGUAAGUUUCCUUCCACUAUUGGAUUGCUUAUGCUCAUUCGAUAUCUUGACUUAUACUGUACCUGACUGUGGUAUUCCAAAAGAGUGGGAUGAAACACAGCCUGUUUUUAUUGCAAACAGCCAAGAAGUACAGUUAAGAUCAUUUUCAACUUCUAUUCAUAAAAUGGAAACCAUAGUUAGCUAUAAGAAUAUUUGA